AUGCUUAGGGGAGUAAUUAUGUAGAUUAGUACUCAACUUAUUUUGCUCAUGCAUAGAAAUACACAGCAGCACAUUCCGUUAAACAGCACACAGUUAACUCUUUGAUUGCCCCAGAUGUUAACCCCUUCCUGUCCAGUGUCAUUAGUACAGUCCAGGGGUGGACUGACAACUCAUGGGGCCCCCGGGAAAUAGGGGAUCAUGGGGCCCCUGUGUCCUCACCCACACUCAAACCACACCUAAAAAAGCCUAUGAAAGGUACCAGGGGCAUCUCAUGGGGCCCCCUACUGACCCCGGGCCCUCGGGCAGUGCCAAGUUCCCAAAUGGUCAGUCAACCCCU